GUUAGAAAGAACGGAAAUGAAGAAAAUCCCAAAACAGAAGUACAGAACAAAUUAACCAUCCCUAUUCCUCGUUGCGGCCAAAAUUCAAUUCCCCGAAAAAUGAAACAUGUGUUUCGAAAUACUGUUUCUCUUCUCUCUCUUAAGUCGGACCUUGUAUUAAAAUCGUUAAACCCUAAACCCCUCUUCCAUAUUACUCCCAUUUCUACUAGAAAUUUCCUCAUCUCCCUGUAUAACGUGACCAUUUCAUCUCCAUACUGUACUUCGAUGGAGGGCGGUUAUAUCGGCGCGCCUGCCUCCCCCUCCGUUGAGAAGCUGGAUAAACAGUUUGAAGACUUUAGGAACAACCUUCAGGAAUCUUCUAUAAUACGAGAGCGCAUUCGAGCUUUGGCUAUGGAGAUUGAAUCGGCUGCUCGCCUCAUUCACUCUAACCUCCUCUUAGUUCAUCAGUCUAGGCCCGUUCCAGAGGUUUUAGAGAAGGCAAAGGUGCAAGUUGCAUUGGUGAAGCAACAUUAUAGCAAGCUUUCUGAAAUCCUUCAGGAAUGCCCUGGCCAGUAUUACAGGUAUCACGGAGAUUGGAGGAGUGAAACACAGACUGUAGUGUCAUUGUUAGCUUUUAUGCAUUGGCUGGAGACAGGCACUCUACUUCUGCACAAUGAGGCUGAGGAUAAACUUGGCUUAAAUGCAUCUGAUUUUGGACUUGAUAUUGAAGACUACCUCACAGGAAUAUGUUUCAUGUCAAAUGAAAUGCCUAGGUAUGUGGUGAACCGAGUGACAGCUGGGGAUUAUGAUUGUCCCCGCCAGGUUCUCAAGUUUAUGACAGAUCUUCAUGCUGCUUUCCGGAUGCUUAAUCUGAGAAACGAUUUCCUACGUAAAAAAUUUGAUGGGAUGAAGUAUGACCUUCGGAAAAUAGAAGAAGUUUAUUAUGAUGUCAAGAUCCGUGGCUUGGCAACAAAUCAAAAUCCGAAGGAAACUGAAGAGGCUUCAUGAUGUUAUGAUGGGAAAAGGAUUACUACUUUAAGUCCACUUUUUUCCUGAAGUUGUUAAUCAGUGAAACGAAUGUGCAAUGCUCGCUAGCAUCUUAAGAGUGCAGGUUUACUUUGUCUUGAUGUUUAUUACGGAGUAUGAAUUUAUGAAGAAGAUUAAUGUUCCUCCAUCCAUUUCCUUAACCUUCUAACAUGUUAUAAUUGCAUCAUCUUAUUCCCGUUCGAUACUGGGGUGAUAAGUCAUACUCCUAUAAAGUGUUAUAGAGCAAUGACUGAUCAUAAAUUUAAACCAAGUCACUGAUUCUAU